AUGGAACUCCACCAGUUAUAUGCCAAAACUGAGGAUGAGGUCGUCGAGGAGGAUAUUUCAGAAAAAGAAGUAUCAGACUGUGAAAUAAAGCAAGAGAUCACUGAGGAAUAUCGUGACGAGGAAACCGUGACCGAAGGAAGAUAUGAAGAUUUUCAGAUGACGAACGAACGAAUUGAAGACGACUUACUCGAUGUUAAAGACUCGUUAAGCGUUGUGGAUACGAAGAUUCAGAACCAAGACGAUUACGUGGAAAAGGAGGUGGAUAUCUGUGAAGAAGAAAGUAAUAAGCCGUUAAAGUGUCCCCACUGCCCGCAGAGAUUCAGAAUGGAAUCUGCUCUUCAUUUGCACAUUCACUCUCAAACGGGGGGACUACCUUAUAAGUGCCUAUAUUGUCCCAAGUCUUUCUUGCGGGGAACCCACUAUCAAGCUCACAACCGAACUCACGCUAGGGAAAGAGCUAGCAAGUGCUCCCUCUGCAAAAAGUCCUUUCCCUAUGCAUCCGCUUUACGGCGGCACAUCUUGAUUCACAAUCGAGAAGCACCGAUGAAAUGUGAUCACUGCCCAAAGACUUUUCUGCGUAAGAACCUUCUUCGUUCACAUAUUCGAAAAUACACGAAAAAGCUACCGCAUCCGUGUUCCUAA